CUCUCAUAGAUGGCGCCACUCGCCAGCGAGUCCUCCCCGCGCUGAUUGGCCCGCGCCGGCGCGCCUCCUUCCUCUAGGGGCGCCAGACGAGGCGGGGCCUGUGGAAGCGCUCCCCCUCGGAAGCGAGGCCGGUCGCCAUCAAUCAGAGUCGGCGCCCCUGCGUUGCGUGCGAAAAGGGGCGAAAAGACGCAAAGAAGCAACCACCCACCGUCAUGACAGGCGGCCGCCGCCCGUGGGUCCUGUCGCGUACGCCAGCCAACGCCGCCAUGCCGCCGUUCAUCAGCUAGCGACGCCAAAGGAAGCUGUGUCCCGCCGGUCGCGCGUUUGCCGAGCCGUCCGUAUUCUGCACCGCGAAGAAACCGCGUCCGCCUGUGUUCGUCGAUCUGCCGUCGGUCGGGCUGCGGUGGGCCGCCGCGGACGACAUGGGACCGCCACCGUGCUGACCCACCGGAGGAGAGGCGCCGGUUCGAUCAUCGCCACCGUCUGCCGCCAAAGAUCGAGGGUUCGACGACGUUCGUCCCGAGGCAGCGGCAAGAGCUGUGAACCACCGUUUUCUUGUUCGUUUGGUUUGGUUUGUUUUCCGUUUUUGCGUGCCUCUUCUGUGACGAUACGCGCGCGCGACGCGCGCUCGGACGGAGGACAUCAUGAGCCACCUCAGUGCGAUGUACGCUACCAAACGGCGCCGCCGGAAUUCCAAGAGCGUACGAGUGGCACCGAAGGAAGGCCCCAACGGUCAGCCGGUCAAGUCCAACCCUAGCAAGCGGCACCGGGAGCGUCUGAACGCCGAGCUGGACACGCUGGCCAGCCUGCUGCCUUUCGACCAGAACGUGCUCUCCAAGCUGGACAAGCUCUCCAUACUCAGGCUCAGCGUCUCCUAUUUGCGCACCAAGAGCUACUUCCAAGCGUCCUUACACCGCAACAUGGAGAGGCACGACGCGCACCAGCACAAGAGCAGGGAGCUGCUGUACAUCGAGUCACUCGUCGAAGGAGAUCUCAUCCUGCAGGCGCUCAACGGCUUCCUGCUCAUACUCACCUGCGACGGAGAAGUUUUCUACGCAUCUCAUACGGUAGAAACGUACCUGGGCUUUCAUCAGUCAGACAUCUGCCACCAGAGCGUCUACGAGCUGGUGCACUCGGAGGACCGCGAGGAACUGCAAAGGUUUCUGCUGUGGAACUCGCAGCUGCCUUCCGACCGCAGCGCCAUCUCGCUUCAGGAAGCUCUCUUACCAGAGAACGCGCAGUACCUGGAUAGGAAUUUCACCGUGCGUUUUCGUUGCCUGCUGGACAACACCUCCGGCUUCUUGCGGCUGGACAUCCAGGGCAAGAUCCGCGUCCUCCAGGGCCAGAACCACAAGACCGAGGAGCCGCCCCUGGCGCUGUUCGCCGUGUGCACGCCGUUCGGGCCUCCGUCCUUGCUCGAGAUGCCGCAGAAGGAGUCCAUGUUCAAGAGCAAGCACAAGCUCGAUCUGGCGCUAGUCUCCAUGGACCAAAGGGGCAAGCAGCUGCUCGGCUACGCGGACUCGGACUUCAUGAGCCAAGGCGGAUACGACCUGGUUCACUUCGACGAUCUCGCUUACGUGGCCAGCGCGCAUCAAGAACUGCUGAAGACGGGUGCAUCGGGGCUGAUCGCUUACCGGCUCGCCACAAAGGACGGCAAGUGGCAAUGGCUGCAGACCAGCGCGAGGCUGGUCUACAAAAACUCCAAGCCGGACUUCAUUUUGUGCACGCAUAGGCCACUCAUGGAAGAAGAAGGUCGGGAUUUGCUUGGCAAACGGACGAUGGACUUCAAGGUCACCUACCUGGACGCCGGCCUGACGACGUCCAGUAGCUGUUCUUCGACGAGCAGCGAACGGAACAGCGCAGGGGGCAGCAGCGUCGGAGGCGGUGGCGCAAGCAGCGGGACCAACUGCAAUGCCAGCGCCGCCGGUGAAGUCGGCGGAGCGCCUAUGUCAGAGAACGACUUCAUUCUGCGCUGCCAGAGGAAUCGACGCUACAAGUCGCAGAUACGCGACCUCCUCAGCCGCGGGAAGCGGAGCAAGGGAUCCUCAGCUAGCAAAGGCCCCACGCCGCCACCGCCGCCGACGGCAUACAGCAUCGAGGACUACGGCAAUAUGUACGCGACCGCGGCGGCAGCACCGUACGCUGCCGCGGCAGCUGCGGCGGCCGCGGCGGGCGACAGCGGGCUUCCGCCGGGCUACGGCGUGGCCCAGAACCUAUUCCUGGACAACUCGAGGUUCCUGGCGCCCGAGAACUUCCUCCACUACCGGCACCUGAGCGGAUACUACGCGCCCGAGUACCCGCAGUACGGCAACGGCUUCCUCGACCCCGCCACCAGGUAUACCCCCUACCAGGAGCAGAAGGAUGACAAGCUGUACGCCUGUCAGCUAGACAAGUACAACGGCGUCCAAGCGCCCAAGGCCUCGUGCUGCGAUCCCUACGGCGCCGUACUCCCCGACAGCAGGCAGCUCGGCUUCGGCAGCCUCUCGGACUGUCUGCUCAGGCCAGCCAAGGCGGCUGCCGUGCCAGCGCCCAAGGAAGACAUGACGCGGCAGAGCGUGCUCAUGUGGGGCGCGCCCCCGCCUCCCCCUCCUCCCCCGCCUCCGCCCCAUCCGACCCCGCACCCGUCUGGCGCGUCGGCGGCGGACCCCGGCUGCAAAUGGGGCGGCCUGGCGUCGGCGCCCAAGACCAGCUCGCCGCACAACAGCUCGAGUCCCGUCGGCGCUCGGGUGGCCCCAACGCCGUAUGCCGCGGCGCCAACCUAUACACACGAGAUGGUUCCCGAGGGAUGGCAGAUGGAAGCUAUGGCGCCUUGGAGACCACAUUUGCCUGCACUUGGUUAGGGAACCAAGAUGGACUUCAUCAGAAGUGAACAAGGACAGUGUGUGCUCCCGUACAGGCUGCGACGUCAUCCAAGAAAACUUGAUGGAGCCUCCAAGAGCUGCCGCCUUCAUUGCAAAAGCCUUGCCAAGGAAGAAAACAGCACACUGAACUUUUAACACUGAACUCAAUGACUGAAUGUGCGCGAGUGUGCAUAUAGCUGGACAGACCUCCAAAGAAAGGAACCAGAAAGACUCAUGACCGGUGUUUCAACCAUUGCAAACAGAACUGCAUCAUCAUCAUGUGUGCUUGUGCUCGUGAGUGUGACUUUUCGUGAAUGUGGCUUUUCAUUGUUGUCCUAGUUUCGUGUGCUUUGCUUUCAAUAACUUUGUGAACAAGUUGUGGACCGAGAGGUUGAGCUAAACAUGCUGAUAACUUGUCACAAUCUGCAAAUUGAAGUGGUGCCCCAUACCCUUUACCCCGUCAAUUCUUCAGCUGCCCGCUGUUAUCUAUCUUCAUAAAACUUAGACUCCAACUAGUACUGCAUACUAGCUACAAUGCCAAACCUCAUAUUAAAAGUUACACUGUUAGUCUGUUUUUCAGUAGGGCAGGGAAAAAAAGAAAAUCAGUGACUGUUUUAGCAAUCAAAUGACACUGGAAAAGAAAAUACAGCUUGAAUUAUGAAGGGCACAAUUGCACAAAAAGUAGCACAGUGAAUUACCCUUGUGAUCUUGAAAAAAUAUGAUUUGUGACAGAAUAAUUCGCUCAUACGAGAAGUCGAUUUUAUUUGGCCAUUAGCUUCGUUAGCAUACAGUGACAAAAAAAAUCAACAUGAUACCCAGAAGAUGUAGAAAAAUUUGCCCUGUUCUUGACUGCGACACUGUGUUUAGGCAAGCUGUCACAUCAAACCAGCAGUAGCUUUUGUUUUGUUUCUUGAAGCGUAUCAGAAGAAUCAGCCAAAGUGUUGCUACAGUUAUGUACAUUUUGCAAUUCCUCAAAAUGUGCAAAUGCUUUUCAAACAAGUUCAUGAGUUGAUUAGGAUUGGUACCUCACAGCUCAUCGUAAUUGCAAGACUGAUAAGCGAUAAGGCACCCAUAAUGUUAAGACGUCAUAUAAAUGCUCAAAUUGCUCAUAGCAUUAGACAGUUCUAACAUAGUGGAGGAAUUAUGGAGUAGAUGUGCAAUGAAAUACCAGAUGAAAGAAGCAAUGGCAGUGCUUUUGACUGUACCCAGGACUUUUAAUUGCAAUGACUUAGAAGUGUAUUUCACUUAUAUGCUGGCACAAAUGCAUCAGCAAUAACAUAAUCACUACAAAUCUAUUUUUGCACUUUUUCUUUCUCAAGAACAGUUGCGCAAGGUAACAAUUUUAGCAUUUUAUGCCUGAUAACAGUGCGGCAAGAUGUUGCCGAUGUGCUCUGGUAUUUUUGGAUAUGUUUAGGCUCAUACGUCUCCACCACGCUAAACUUAUUUAACUAGUUAGAACAUACAAUGAAGCCUGUAACAGUGCUAUUUCACUCCACAAUUUCUUUUUUCAGUUUUAUAGAGCUGCAUGGUAAAUGCAACAAAGAAAAGGCCACCGACGGCAGCCUAGGUAAUUUCACACCCUAACUAGUCGUUCCGAAAAGUAAAAUACAAAGAAAAUAUCUGGCUUAUCACUCCACAAAAAUGCACAUGUGUGAAUAUGAAUGUGCUUUCGCUGUUAAAGGUAAAAAAAAAGGUGCAUUAUUUACACUGCACAUUUUGUCUCCAUGAGAAGUCAGGCAUUUCCAAUGUCACUGUUUGCCAAUGAGUUUAUGAGGAUCGUUUCUUCUUCCUGCAUCUAGCAUGGGCACUUUGCAGCUAGCAAUGCUUUCAGAAGUGCAACAGUUUGCCUUUGCUGUAAUGGGGCACCAGCUCUGAGGUGACUAAAACAAGCCAUUAGUGCCAUAAUGUUCUGAACAAUCUACUACAAGUCCCAGGUAUGAUACAAACUUGAAGCGUCACUUUUCAUUCUGUGCUAUCAAUCUUAUUUUGCAUGUGAGAACAAAAGCUUUCAGACUCUGCAUGCUUUUGCGCUCAUAAAUGGCUGGCAUUAUUCUGCUGUGUGCAAGAAAAAAAAAGAGGAA